CACAAACAUUUGGGAUACGCCGUCUAUUCAUUUCCUACUGGCAGAGGCCCAGUUGCAUGCAUCGUUAAUGUUCCGCUCAGGUACAAGACUGCGAUUUAGGAAUCUCUUCUCACAAUUGUCUAGCCAAUACGCUUCAAGACUAUCCAGUGCCGAAAAGACCCAGGCUCUCUGCACCUGCUCCCGACGACCCCUUACAGACGACAGAAGGCGCAAGCUUCGGGAGGACGCCGCCUCACACGAAUAGUUCACAACCAUCAUCCAGUGCCCCGGGCCGUGACGAUGCACGACCACCUCCCCGCGAUGACCCCGACAAUCCGUUUUCUGCCACAGCAGUUUCUGGCUUCGCCCGGCUACCAAGUUAGCAGGAUUUGGCUCUGCAGCCUCCGCUUUCAGCUCUGCGCAACAAAGUUACGGGGGCGAAGAAUGUGCUCCGACCUCAUCCCCCGAAGUUCCUCCACCAGAGCCGGACUACGACGCAUGGUUUGCGCCUGCGACGGACAUGCCACCCCCUGCGUUCCAGACGGCCAGAUUUGCCUCAGCAUCGAUUGGAUUCAUUAAAGCGUCAAAUAAAGGUCGUUUGGAGCCAUCGAGCGAGGCACUCGCCAAAGCAAAAGCUAAGAUCGAUGCUAUAUGGGCUGGGGAUCAGGUUGGCUAUAGCUCCUCUGUGAUCACUGAAUCCCAUGUAGGCGUGGAGAACAGCUUCACUAACGCAUCCAACGUUUCUCGUCUUUUGUCUCCGGAGAGACCUGCGUUAAGAGUCCUCGACAACUCGUUCAACUCCCCGGGCACUCCGACGCCGGGCGAGUCGCGAGCAUUGGCUUCAUUCACCUCUGCUUCAACAACUUCAGCUUUCACAUCCCCAUUGCUCAGCAAAUUUAAAGGGAAGACUAAACCCUUCAAACCUCCCCUUCUCUCGAAACCGGGUUUCGCCAGUUCACCUUUAGUUCCGCGUACAGGUUUCGCCACUGCGUCCAGUCAACAUUCGUUUCCUACUUCGUCAACAAUCUUGCCUCAAACUCCACUCCGUCCAGCUGCAUUGGUAUCCGCUACACCCCUCAGUGUCCCUCGUAGCAGAGCGAGGCCACCUACGUUCAUCACUCCUUUCAAGCCAGGCAUGAAGCCAGGGGAACCUGGUAGAAAGCAGUUGGAGAAAAAAGAAACACCCAAGAUCCAAUCUUUGACGCCUUCUCGCCCGACUCGCGCAUCCUACUUCGAUCUGAGUCGACCUUCCGAGCGACAAACGUUGCUGACUUCUGGCUUGACACCUCAGGCACAUACAGAGGAAGAACUAGACGACAUGGGAAUUGUAGUCUCGGAAAUGAAGCAGAUCACAUUGGCCACAGCACCGUACUACUCUUUCCAUGUUGAAUCAUCGCCUGCUUUACUCGGUCCAACUGCAGCAUUGGCAGAACUGUUAUCGCGGGGUUGUUCUUUGGCUACCAGGUCAUGGGUGGAUAACCACUGGUCGCUUGUUUUAUGGAAACUCGCUGGGAUGGUCGGUAUGGAUCCGGAGCGGGAAAAUAGCCCCAACACCAAGCGGUGGUGUUGGGCAGAAGUGAUGCGGCAAUUAUUGUAUCGGUAUGAGCGUGAACUCAACCGAGGUGUUAGACCCGCCUUGAGAUGUAUCACUGCUCGAGACUCGCCUGCGUCUUGUCCGAUGGUUCUAUGCAUUUCGGAUAUCACGUGGUCACAGCCCAGCAUCGCAGAAGACGGUUCACCGAUCCCUGCACAUCCUGAGCUGGAGCUCACCGACGGAUGGUACCGUCUCCGGGCACAGGUGGAUGCUCCAAUGGCAAGAGCUGCUCGCAGAGGACUGCUCACCAUAGGUCGCAAGUUGGGAAUCAUGGGUGCCCGGCUUUCAAACGACCGCAAAGAUCCAUCUGAAGUGCUUGAAGCAUAUGACUCGAUGAGACUAGAGCUAUCAGGCAACUCUUGCCAUCUGGUGCCGUGGCACACCAAGAUGGGGUUCCAGGAUGCAUCGUGGGUGUCAACAAUGCACAGUUUGUCCAGUGACGGAGGGAUUAUUGCUGGAAUGGAUCUCGUCAUAGUCAAGACAUAUCCUAUCGCAUUUCUCGAAUUUUGGGAAGACGAGAACGGGGAGAAACACCGAGAGGGACCGUGGAAUCAGCGAGAUGAAGAUAAGGCUGCCGAGAAAUGGAUGAGGAAGAGAGAGAUACAGCAGGCUCGGCUGCAAGAAGAGCUGUCCAAGAAAGAGUCACGGUACCAAGGCUACGCAGAACGGCUGGAGCGUCGUGCAGGUCCUCAUGUCCCACGGCCUGACAGUGAAGAUCCCCCGGAUGACAUUGAUGAAUUGUAUGACGAGCUCGAGAACCCGAAGGACGCAGCCAAUGUUAUUGCUCGCACCAACGGGAAGGUGGCCGGAUGGCUUGCUCGAAGCAUUCUUGAGCGCCUCGACAAAGACAGAGAACGAGCUGCAGAAGAGAUUGAGCGAGAACUAAAGUCGAUUUGCCCACCCCGGGAAGUGCGGAAUUUCCGAGUGCUCAUUGUCCAGGAUGCAUGCACUCGACGCAGGCAGGCGAACAGAUCCGCCCAGCUGACGGUUUGGGAUGCUCUGGAUGCGAAGCUCGACGAAGGACAGCGAUACGCUGUGACGAAUCUCGUGCCAACCUCCAUCAGUGCUUGGAUGGACCGCCACGAAGAACAGUCCGAAAUUUAUUUGGGCACCCGGCGGGAUUCGAAAUGGAAAAGAUUGUAGCACAGAAACCAUUUGUAACAUUUUUGACAAAAUGUUUGUACGGAGAUAAUUUUCUCCUAUCUGCACAGCGUCG